GUUCUCGGGGAACUGAAAAGAUAAGAAUUGAUCAGCUGGCCAUUAUCGCCCACAUUGUUAUUCCGAGCUUCCGAACAUGGUAUUAGUAUAUAGAACGCCACGGGAAUUUGGUCGACAUCGUAUAAAUGGCGAGCAGGGAAUUGACUUUGCCAGACGUCACCAACUAUCUGUCCACUUUAUUCGUAUCCGACUCCCACACUCACACUCACACUCCCAAUCACAUAAGCAACAUUAGACACAAUGUCCGCUGCUUACCAGCCUCCUUCCGCUGAAGGCAAGCCCUUCAUCCCCGACUGGAUUCCUCCUGCGCCUACGAAGACUGAGCAAGACUGGGCCGACCUUCACACAAUCGAACUCUCUCGCCUUGACUCCGAUGACCCCAAAGUCGUCGAAGAGCUUGUCGACCUUGCUAGGAUUGCUAUCAAGGAAGAUGGUUUCCUCUAUCUCAAGGACUACGGUGUCUCCCUUGAUCAGCUGAUGCGCCAAUUCUCUAUCGCGCAAUAUCUUCACGCCAACAUCUCUCAAGAGGACAAGGCAAAGCUUCUUUGGGACCCCGAAAGCGGUCUCUUCGAGGGUUACAAGGCUCCUUUCGGCUGGAAACGUGUGCCGGGACGACCAGACGGUAUCUCUCAGUUCAAUUUCUACACUCCCGAAUACGAGGAUAUGGAGAAGAUUCCCAAAUGUGUGCAGCCGUUCAUGGACGAGAUCACUGCUUUCUCCACUUAUCUCACCCAAUCUGUUAAUCGACGACUUUUGAAACUGCUUUCCAAGGUCCUUGAACUCCCCGAUGACUACCUUUGGCAGAACGUUCAAUCCACAGGUGGCCCUGUAGCUGAAGGUUACUUCCGUCACGCUCUUUUCAGGCCUCCUCCUCCUGAAAGCAAGGCUCUUUCUGGUGGGAUAAGGAUGAAUGGCCACACUGAUUAUGGAACUACGACUCUCCUUUUCUCUGUUCCUAUCUCUUGCUUACAAAUUUGGGGUCGAGAUGAGAAGUGGCGCUAUGUCAAGUAUGAGCCUGGAGCUCUUGUCAUCAAUAUCGGCGAGACUCUUGAGAUCCUUUCUGGUGGUCACUUCAAGGCCACUCGACACAGAGUUUUCGAACCCCCUGCCGACCAAGUCAACGAAGAACGUCUUUCCCUCGUCCUCUUCAACGCCUCCAAGGGUCACUUGCGCAUGACUCCUUGUAUGGACUCGCCAGUUCUCCAGAAGGAAGGCUGCAUUGAAGAACAAGGUGUCUACAAAGAGUUCAAGACUAUCAUGGAUUCUGGUAUUCCUGUUCCAACCAAUAAACAAUGGCGUGAAGCUCAGAUUGCGUCGAUGAGAGAUGUUACUACGCCUCAGAAGGAAGUGACUGUCAAUGGCAAGUUGAUGUCUUACAGGGAGUUUUUCGGUGUCAAGGUUUUGUUGCCUGUGUAGACGCUCCGUGGUCGUGAUAUCUUGGUUUUAGACGUUGUGAUUAGUAUAUAUAGAAAAAGCUGUAUUUUGGUAUAUGUACACAGUCACAUGAAUGGC